UUUGAGUGAGCCAGACACACAAGGCUCUCAGAAACUCAGAGCACGCCAUUUUAUGCUGUUGGUUACCAGCUUUGCUUCUUGGAACAGAUAUUCUGCGGUGAUCAGAUCAAAUCUUCUUCCUUCACUCCAAAGAGCCAUGGGCUCUGGAAGUGGUUCCUUAGGCUUGCAUUUUUUCCUGCUUCCCCUGGCACUGGCUCUGGCUGCCACCAACUUCCCCCAGUUUCUGCCUUGCGAGCUUCAGCCUUUUGGCGUGGUGGACUGCGACCGGAGGAGCCUGGGCGCUGUGCCCUCCUUCGCCGGGGCCACCCCGGCGGCCUUGGCCAACGUGAGCACUCUCCUGCUCCGACACAACCACAUCAGCCACCUGCGCCCAGAGCAUUUCGCCCACCUGGGUAGCCUCCGGCAGCUCUUGCUCCGAUGGAACUGUGCGCCCACCAACCUCACGGCCCUGCGCCUGCCCUGCCGCAUGGUCAUCGAGCCGGGCACUUUCCUGGGUUUACCCAAGCUGAAGCUCCUUGACUUGUCGGGGAACAGCAUCACCUCGGUCCCCGAGCUGCCCCCGUCGCUGACCAGCUUGGUCAUCAGCUACACCAUGAUCCUCGCGCUCGACUCGGCCAUCUUCUCGGGCCUCCCCGGCCUGCGCUCCCUCUACAUGGACGGCAGCUGCUAUUACAAGAACCCCUGCGGGCGGGAGGUGGACGUGCCCCCGGGGGCGCUGGCCGGCCUGCGGCAUCUCACCAACCUGUCGCUCAAGUACGACAACCUGACGUCGGUCCCGCGGGGGCUGCCCGCCAGCCUGCAGAUGCUGCUCAUUUCCUCCAACCGCAUCGUCAGCUUGUCCCACCGAGACUUUGCCGGGUUCCCGGCCCUUCGCGUGCUGGACGUCAGCAGGAACUGUCGGCGCUGCGACCACGCUUACAACCCGUGUGUGGAGUGCCCCGCGGGCUACCCCAAGGUGGACCCGGACACUUUUAGUCUCCUGGGAGCACUGGAGGGCCUGGUCCUGAAGGACAACUCCUUGAGUCAGCUUGACCCCCGCUGGUUUCAGAACCUGGGCAACCUUACCGUGUUAGACCUCAGUGAGAACUUUCUCUCCGAGGAUAUCACCAACACUACGGCCUUUCGAAGCCUGCCCAAGCUGAAAAAGCUGAACCUGUCCUUCAACUACCACAAGAAGGUGUCCUACGCCCGGCUCCGCUUGGCUCCCUCCUUCCAGAAUCUGACCGCCCUGGAGAUUCUGGAUAUGACAGGUAUCUUUUUCCGAUCCCUCUCGCGGGCUACCCUCCAGCCCUUGCUAGGGCUCCCCUCCUUCCAGAAGCUGCUCCUGCCCAUGAACUUCAUCAGCAAGGCUGAACUGUCUAUCUUCGGUCACUUCCGCUCUCUGAGAUACGUGGACUUGUCAGAAAACAAGGUGACCGGUGUAAGCCCCGCGACCAGUGGGAACGGAGCACCGGUAGCCAGCUCCGAACCUCUCCUGAGGCUGAAGACGGCCUCCCAAGACAAACCCCCUUCUGACGGCUUUAUGCCCCGCUGUGACUCCUCUAAUUUCAUCCUAGACCUCUCCAGGAACAACCUGGUGACCAUCCAGCCAGAGAUGUUCCAUCAGCUGGCUGCUGUUGAAUGCCUGAGGCUGUCUAGCAACAGCAUCGCCCAGGCUGUCAACGGCUCCCAGUUCAGCCCCCUGACCAGCUUGUGGCUGCUGGACUUGUCUCACAACAAGCUGGAUUUGUAUUACGGCAAGGCGUUCACCGAACUGCCGCGGCUCAAGGCUCUGGACCUCAGCUACAACAGCCAGUCCUUCCGGGCCCAAGGCAUCGGCCACAACCUGAGCUUUAUAGGCAAUCUCCCCAGCCUGCGCUACCUCAGCUUGGCUCACAACCAGAUCUACACGAGGGUCUCCCAGAAGCUCCUCAGCACCUCCUUAGUGGCCCUGGACUUUAGUGGCAACCUGCUGAGCCGCAUGUGGAGCGAGGGUGACCUCUACCUGCGCUUCUUUCAGGGUCUCAGAAAGCUGGCGUGGCUGGACCUGUCCCGGAACAAACUGCGCACUCUGCCUGACCAGGCUUUGGACCACCUACCCAAGAGCCUCCGCCUGCUCUGGGCCAAGGACAACCACAUCACCUUCUUCAACUGGAGCAGCUUGCACCUGCUGCCCUCCCUGGAGGUGCUUGACCUGUCUGGGAACCUGCUGGGCCGCCUGGCCACAGGUCACAUCCCCGGCAGCACCCGGCUCCACACCUUGAACCUCAGCCGCAACGGCAUUGACUUUAUCGCCCAGGGCUUCUUUGCCCCGGCCACCAAACUGCGGGCACUCAACCUGUACGGCAACUCUCUGAAGACCUUGGACCGCGGCUGGUUUGGGGGCUUGGCCCCCUCCCUGCAGGAGCUGGACAUCGGGGCCAACCCGCUGCACUGCGAGUGCGACGCCACCUUUCUGGACUUCCUGCUGGAGAUCCAGACGGCCGUGCCCGGCCUCACCAACCAGGUGGUGUGCGGGAGCCCCUUCCCGCUCAACGGGAAGAGCGUCUUCGUGCAGGACCUGCGCCUGUGCCUGGACGUGAGGCUGGCCUGCGGCUGCUUCGCGCUCUCGCUCGUGGGCACGCUGCUGACCUUGGCCACGCCCACCCUCCAGCGGCUGUUUGGCUGGGACCUCUGGUACAUCUUCCAUCUGGGCCUGGCCUGGCGGGUCUGGAAGAAGGGGAAGGCCGCGGCCCAGGCCUACGACUACGACGCUUUCGUGGUGUUUGACAAGGCCCAGGAAGCCGUGGCUGACUGGGUUUACAACGAGCUGAGGGUGCGCCUGGAAGAGGGCAAGGGCCGGGGGAAGGGGCGCCUCCGGUUCCGGCUGUGCCUGGAAGACCGGGACUGGCUGCCCGGGAAGAGCCUCAUUGAGAACCUUUGGGACUCGGUGUACCACAGCCGCAAGACCCUGUUCGUGCUGUCUGCUCGGGGCCCGGCGGCCCCUCCGCGCGUCAGCGGCCUGCUCCGAGCCACCUUCCACCUGGCGCAGCAGCGGCUGCUGGAGGACAAGCAGGACGUGGUGGUGCUGGUCAUCCUGAACCGCGUGGUGCGCAAGUCCCGCUACGUGCGGCUCCGCCAGCGCCUCUGCCGCGAGACCGUCCUGUUCUGGCCCCAGCAGCCCAGCGGCCAGGACACUUUCUGGGCCCAGCUCCGCAACGCCCUGGCUACAAACAACCGGAGAUUCUACAACCGGAACUUCUGCCGGGGACCCUGAGACCUCCGGGGAGGGAGGGCGGGACGGGGCGAGGGCGCCUCCCCGCGGGCAAGCACUGAUUAAGCCCGACCCUGUUCCCGGGCCCC